UGAACGCUUUUGUAUUUUCUCUCUAAAAAUAUUCACACAAAGACAGCUGUGUGAUGGAUGUUAAUGAGACAGAACACCAAAAUUGAGUUAAGGUGACUGAUUUUACGAGCACUGAAUUUUCGCGUACCUAUCACAAAUACGAGGGACCCGAUAGGCUAUUUAUGAGAACCAAGCGCUAGAGUGAAGGAGAAGAGCAAGUGAGGGGUAGUUGCAGGUUGUGCCAUCCUGCAUAUCCCCACCCCGAGAUCGCUAGAAAGAGAUAGCAGUAUCAACUGCGGGUGUAAAACAAGGAUAGUAUGAAAAACGGCGGAAUCGAGGUUCAGGGGACACGCGCUCCAACCUAAUGUUCAGUCUAUGAUCGGCAGACUAGCAGACGACGCUACGAAUAGACUAGCAAAAUGGCGUCGCCGUUGGAAAACUUGGAAACCCAGCUCGAACUUUUUAUCGAAAAUGUGCGCCAGAUUCGUAUAAUAGUGAGCGAUUUCCAACCUCAAGGGCAAAACGUGCUCAAUCAAAAGAUACAAGGUCUUGUGAAUGGACUUCAAGAAGUGGACAAGUUGAAAUCGCAGGUCCAAGAUGUUCACGUUCCGCUGGAAGUCUUUGAUUACAUAGAUCAGGGACGAAACCCACAACUCUACACCAAAGACUGCAUCGAGAAGGCGCUUACAAAAAAUGAACAGGUUAAGGGAAAGAUUGAUGCGUACAGAAAAUUCAAGGCCAACAUGCUGCUCGAGUUGACUUGUGUUUUUCCUAAUGAGCUAGCAAAAUACAGAGCGAUUCGUGGUGAUGAGUAAUGAAAUGUUAUUAUACUAUGUUGUGCAUAGCUUAGAGUUUUUAUCUCCUAAAAUUUGAUUCCUUACUUGUGUAUUUUUCUCAUAAAUUUUCUUUACUUUUAGAAAAUAA